GCCGAUGCUGCUGGUGUGGAAGUCUUGAAGGACGAGCAGUCGCCUGUGCCCGGGCGAUUGACCAUCACAGGGGAUCCGCUUCACGAGGUCUUUGCUUUGCAACGUCUGGCCACGCCGGCGGCCAACGAUUGCAUCGAUUUCCUCAACGAUCACAAGGACAUGCUCACUCGGCUCUCUGCGCCUCGCGGCACAUGUGUGGCAAAUUCAGAGCCCGAGGUGCAGCUGACAGACGCCUCUCGCCAGCUUCUCCAUGAUGUUGUCUGCAAGAGUUCAGGAAGCACGGCUGCCCGGAUUGCUGCAAAUGAUGCAGAUGUGGAGGCGCUGAAAACCUUUCCGUCUCAAGCAAACGUGCUGCGAAGGCGUGAGUGGCUACAAGUCUUCCAGGCGAUUCCUCCCCGGGGGGUUGCUGCAAGGCUUGCCCGCCGAUUUGAUGUUUCGCUGCGCUCAACAGCCGAGUAUGCGCAGUAUUCCCAGUUGUCAGAUUUCCGCGAGGAGAUUGACAGGAUGCAGGAGGUGUACACUCCAGGCCGCAAGCAUGAUCGACCGCAGCGUGGCAUCCCGCGGGAAGAGGGCCCAGCUCCCCGCGUGAAAGGGACAGCCACUGUCUUCAACCAAGCAGUCCGACAACAUUACGGCAAACUUCGAGGCAAGAACAAGUUGGAAGGGCUCUGGAAGUGGGCUCAGAUUGCUGCUGCGAUCCAUGAGGCCCAGAUCCCCCUGCACAGUGGGACAGUCGCGGUGGAGCGGCUCUGGUCGCAGUUUGACAGUUUGCUACCAGCCCAGGGUAGACGAGUGUCUCAAGACUGGUUCCAAUUCCUUUCGCAUCUCAUUUACAUACGGUACAAUUACCUUCACUUUCAUUCCAGAUCUUUGCCAUCCUGGACUGACAACGACAGCCUGCUGGCCCAGCGCCUAGAUGGAACGAUUGCGCUUGCCUCCGCUUUGUCAGAGGAGGGCACGGGCCUGUUGCAAGAACUGCCUUCUGAGGCUGAGGACAGUGCUCACUUGGAGGAGCCUGAAGACAUGCUCGAGCCAGUUGAGGGUUCAGUUUUCUGGGAUGCCAGCCUUGAGGAAGAGGCGUUCGGCUUCCCUGUGCCCAAUGCAGUGUACAUGAGAGUCUUGGAUACAAUGUGGUCAACUGCUCUGGCUGAUGGCUCCAAAUGGGCGGAGACACAAAGAUACCGCAAGGCCAAUUUGAACAUGAUGAAAUUCGCUCAGAGUGGCAUGCGGUUGGUCUUUGGGUGCAAGGCCGGUGUGAGUGGAGUUGCUGUCUUUGAUGGACAAGUGCAACGUGGCUGCACGUCGGUGGACGAAAGUGGUGUCCUGGACUUUGUGCGCCCGCAUCUGCACGGAGCUCUCCGAACAUACCUCCAAGACGGCGCCAGCUUCGACUUUGUGCAGAUUCGUGCCGUGCACGAUCUCCGCGCCGCCAACCUGCGCUGGCAGCAGCUCUGGGACAUUGACGGCUGCUCAAAGCCCGGGAAUCUGCAGGGCUUCAAGAAUAUCGGGGGCAAUCAAUUAGCUAGAUCCUUAGUGGCUCUGUUGCAGCGUCACGGCGUCCAUAGGAUGCCUUAUGACUAG